GUCCGUGACGUGUUGGCCGAGGCUUUGCGGCUGCUCCCCGCCCUUGGAGCUGCCAGUCACUACCCUUUGGACUCCGUGAUCCCUGACAAACGUCAUGAGCAUUGCAAUCCCUCUGGGAGUCACUACACCAGAUACAUCUUAUUCAGAUAUGGCUGCUGGAUCUGACCCAGAGUCUGUCGAAGCUAGCCCAGCUGUUAGUGAGAAGAAUGUGUAUGCAAAUCACGGCUACGGGGCCUCCCAGAGGCACAGCUACCGAGGGCUGCCUUAUGCAACCAUCAUCCCCCGUGCAGAACUGAAUGGCCUGCACCCUCACGAUGAGGAGAAUUCUGGUGAGACUGAGAGCUCUUCUGAGGCAGAAUCUAUUCCUAGCUGGUGUCACUGUAGUCUCUCCCAAGAUGGCUUCCUCAUCAAGUGUGAAAAAUGCAGGGGAAUCGGCAGGGGGAAAGUAAUCAGAUUUCGUCGCCGGAAACAAGACAACGUGUCAGGUGGAGAUAGCAGUGCAACAGAGAGCUGGGAUGAGGAGCUCUCUCCCUCCACAGUGUUGUAUACUGCUACACAGCACACUCCUACGAGCAUCACUCUGACAGUCAAUCGAGUCUGUAGGACGAAACCUAAAAAGAGAAAAAGGAACACAGAGAGAGCUCGCACAGCACCCAAAGCUAAAAAAAUCAAGAAUUCUCCUUCAGAAGCCCACGCCCUGGAUGAGAAUACCACAGAGGGGUGGGAAAACCGCAUUAGACUCUGGACCGAUCAGUACGAAGAAGCCUUCACAAACCAAUACAGCGCCGAUGUGCAAAAUCUCCUAGAGCGUCAUCUAAAUGCUAAUAAAGAAUUUGUGGGCAAGGCGGCUGUGCUGGACACAAUCAAUAAGACUGAACUGGCCUGUAACAACACGGUCAUCGGAUCCCAAAUGCAGCUUCAGCUGGGGAGAGUAACAAGAGUUCAGAAGCACCGAAAGCUUUUGAGGGCCGCGAGAGACUUGGCUGGCGAUACUCUUAUAAUUGAAUAUCGUGGGAAGGUGAUGCUAAGGCAGCAGUUCGAGGUCAAUGGUCAUUUCUUCAAAAAGCCGUAUCCCUUUGUGCUGUUUUACUCCAAAUUUAACAGUGUUGAGAUGUGUGUGGAUGCCCGCACUUUUGGAAAUGACGCCAGAUUCAUCCGGCGUUCCUGUACGCCGAAUGCAGAGGUUCGUCACGUGAUUGCAGAUGGGAUGAUUCACCUGUGCAUAUAUGCAAUUGCUUCCAUUGCCAAAGAUGCAGAGGUCACCAUUGCCUUUGAUUAUGAGUACAAUAUCUGCAAUUAUAAAGUGGAUUGUGCCUGCCACAAAGGAAACCGGAAUUGUCCUGUGCAAAAGCGGAGCCCGAACCCUGUAGAACAACUACCUCCACCUAUUCUGGACACUCUGAUCGGAGCAGAAACUAGGCGCCGGAAAGCCCGCCGUAAGGAACUGGAGCAGCAGGGUGCAGCCUCAGAUGAGAACAGCAAUCCCCAAACCGAGGAAGUCUCUGAGGGUCCCGCUGCAGUGAGUGAUAAUGAGGCUGCAGAUAAGGAAGAGAAGCCAGAAGAGGAGAAGGAGGAAACUACUGCCGAUGAGCUGGGUGGUCUCAGUCAGGGCAGACGGACCCGAGAAGAUAGAAAGGUGGAAGCUAUCAUGCAUGUAUUUGAGAAUCUGGAAAAGAGGAAGAGGAGGAGAGAUCUCCCAUCGUCAGACAGGAGCAGCACAGAUGCAGAGAUAGUGGUUACUGCAGAGACCCCAGAACCAGAAGAAGCAAAACCUGUGCCAAAUGAAAAUGAAGAUAACAGUUUGGCUUUAAAUGUAUCCGUGGCAAGUGCUCCGACCUGUGUCAGCAGCGUUGGGGUAAACACCCGGAGAUCUUCACAGGCUGGGGAGACAAGUGCAGAUAAACCAGUCCCUAAACCGGCACCACCAAAAACGCCACGGCCCAGGCCCAAAAGCCGUUUCUCGCGUUAUCGGAGCAGCUCAGCACAGCGACUAAGAAGACAAAAACAAGCUGCCAGCGCCCAGCAGUCUGAACUCUCUCAAACUGCUCCAGAGGAAGGAAGUGGUACCAGCACAGCAGCAGCAGCGGAAGUGAGCGGGGUAGAGGGCCCAGGAGAAGGGAGGCCACCGGUGGUGAACUCUGAUCCAGUUGUGACGGCUGCAUCAGGAUCACAGGCCAACCGGGCAGCACCCAAAUACCCUAAAACAAAAAAGUAUCUGGUUACAGAGUGGCUGAACGACAAAGCAGAGAAGCAGGAGUGCCCCAUUGAGUGCCCUUUACGUAUCACCACUGACCCAACUGUCUUGGCUACCACCCUGAACAUGUUGCCAGGCCUUGUUCAUUCCCCACUCAUUUGUACCACCCCGAAACAUUAUAUCCGUUUUGGCUCUCCCUUCAACCCGGAAAGGCGAAGGCAGCCAUUUCAGAUGGAUGGGAAUUACAGCUCUUGUAAAAAGCGUUGGAUGAAGCAGGCUCUGGAAGAAGGAAUGACUCAAACCUCACCUGCUUCCCAGGAGAACAAAGCGCAGUGUCUAUACCAAAGCAAUGAGAGUAGUAGUGUUUCUGGCAUUUGCACAGAAAAUACAGAUGUGUUGAGCCCUCUGAAGAAGUGGAAGUCCCGCUAUCUGAUGGAACAGAGUGUUACUAAAUUAUUGAGGCCACUGUCUCCUGUCACUCCUCCGCUUCCUGACUCCCUGCUUCCAGAUUCACUGAGCCCACACCUAACCACGUCCUCCUCGUCUAUGCCAGGAGAGGAGGAGAGUCGCAGUGGCUGUGGUGUGAUCUUCUCCCCAAUUCCCUCCUUGGCUGCUAGUCGCUGCAAUACUCCACUACAGUUUGAGCUCUGCCUCAGGACAGACCUGGACACGCCAAAGGCAGGAUACCUGGACGCCGGUGCUCACAACUGCCUAGAGAGACCUUCGUUGCUUGCCACGGGGCAUUCUGAUCCAGCGUCCCAACCCUCAGAUACCAGCUUCCUGGGAAAGAGCGGGGAAACCCAGACUCUGCUCAGAAACUCUGACCAAGCUUUUCGGACAGAGUUUAACCUAAUGUAUGCCUUUUCCCCUUUGAACGCCAUGCCCCGGGCCGAUGGAUUAUUAAGAGAGUCUCCCCAGAUGGCCGACGGGAAGCUUCUGAAUCCGGAUACGGGCAGCUGCAGUUCUCCUGCAGAGGGAUACUUUGGCAGACACGAGCAGGCCAUUCUUAAAGAGGCAGUGCAUGGCUCAGUGGCCCAUUGCGGUGAGAGAACUUGUGAAGGAGUCAAAGCUGCCCCCCAGAACCCUCCGCAGAGAAAAAAGGUAUCUCUGCUGGAGUACCGCAAACGAAAGCAAGAGGCCAAGGAGGGAGGGGAUUCUGCCAGAUGCACAGUGACAGCUAAUCGACUAAGUAGCAGCAGCAGCAGCAGCAGCUCUGGGGCAGACGUGGACGUUGGUGCUGUGCCAGGCUCCGGGGGUCACACCCUCUCGUCUCCACAACAUGGCUUCUCCCCCUCACACUCCUCCCUGACUCACCUGGAGGAAGUGAGCCCCCCAGAGCCGAGAGCAACUGGUCACUGCAAACCGCACGACAGCAUCAGCAGUCGGUGGAUGGUGCCCACUUCUGUUGAGCGACUUCGAGAAGGACGUGGCAUUUUGGAGAAGGUUUUACGUAGCAGUGCUAAAAUAUGUCCGCGAGGAGAACCCUCACCUUCUCGAGAUAGCGUAGGAGAGAGAGAAGUAGAUGCUGUAGAAGGAGACGUAUCAGAAUCGCUCAGUUCUUCCUUCAAGGGCCCAGCGGUUUACAGUCCUUCUCGAUACAGCUACCAGCUCUUGCAGUCUGACAGUCCACGUACAGAAUCUCAGACUCUUCUUCAGAGCUCCUCACCGUACCGAGGACAUCCUGUUCCAUCCCCUGGAUACAGCUACCGGCCUCAGUCCCAGAGAACCGGACACCUUCCCUCCCUCAGCUCUUCGGAAUCCUCCAUGUCCUCCACCCCGUCGGGCUCCACGGACUCUACGGCUCCGUUUGCAGGGACCUCUGGGUAUUAUAGCAACCAGCACCAUUCUGGCAGCGGAGUCUUGAAGAAGAACUGUCCCACAACCGCUGCUCCUAGUCCUGCCCAUUCGACAGUUGCAGACUGUUUGCCGUCCUCUGAAUCAGGGUCGCAUCCCUGCAUGGGAACUGCCGCCAGCUGCACUUCUUCCUCUAGGCCCCCUCAGUCGGACUUACGGACUAUCAACCCUCCCGCUUCCGGGCAACCCGCUCUCUACCAGAGCUCCAAAGCCGCCGCCGCCACCGCCGCCACCACAGCACUUUCCAACUCGCAGCACUACCCCCACCGAGGAGGGGGAGGAAGCAGCAUUCACCCGUACAGACUGCAGCAGCUUCCAGGGUCAGGCGUAAAGACUCAGACAGGCCUUUCGUAG